GAACUCAAGUUCACUGAAAAAUGAAAGCAGGUCCGUCUUAACUUGAUCUCUCGCAGUUAAAGCAGACCGGUUGUGCUGAGAGCCGCAGCUGCUAGACUUAAAUAGAGCAGAGUUAGAGGCGCUCACGGAGAGAAGAAGCGCAUGCUUAAAACGCACUCCGGUGGAAAGUUGCGCGGAAUGCUCUUUCUGGGGAAGUUUUGCCGCCCUUCCUUCACUCCAGACUCAAUGAUGCAUCGGAGGAAGUACGUGUUUAACCUGGAAAAUUGCAAUCGGACGGAAUAAAGCGCAGCUGUCCGCCUAACUCUUACACUGCGACGCAGACAAAGCCGCCCGACGACCCGUGUGAGGACAGCUGGGGAUCACGAACGCGCCUGCGGACUCGCGGAGAUUGGAUGCGCCUUUAAGAAGCGCAGAAGACUAUGGGCUGUAACAAGGUGUGCGUGGCGCUGGUCGGGGCGGUUGUCGUCAUCACGCUCAUCGUUAUUCCCACGGCAAUUUACGUAAACAGAGACGAGUCUGCAUUAAAGAGAACUUAUUCUUUUAGCGACUUCUACAACGAUACCAUCAGGUAUAAAACAUACAGCCUCCACUGGAUAUCAGACAAAGAAUACCUCCACAAAACCAGCGAAGGCCAUAUUUACUUGCACAAUGCUGAAACAAAGGAAAGCUCAAUUUACCUGAGCAACUCAACAUUUGCCCAAGUGGAGGCCACGGAUUACAUAUUGUCAGCAGACCAAAAGUUUGUCGCCUUCGAGAGCAAUUACUCAAAGCAAUGGCGACACUCCUUCACUGCCUCCUAUCACAUGUACAACAUGGAGUCUCGGAAAUUUCUCUCCGAGGUUCAGAUUCCAGCCGUCACGCAGUUCUUGCUGUGGGCACCGGUAGGAAAUAAACUGGCUUACGUCUGGAAUUAUAAUAUUUACCUCAAAAAGAACGCCACUGCUGAGGCCGUACAAGUUACUCACGAUGGAAAAGUUAACCAAGUUCUCAAUGGGGUUCCAGACUGGGUUUAUGAAGAGGAAGUUUUUGCAUCCAACGAAGCCAUCUGGUGGUCUCCGCAGGGGAAAUAUCUGGCUUAUCUACAAGUCAACGACACUGGAGUUCACAGCAUCGAAUACUCGUUGUAUGGAAAUGACCAGUAUCCCACCACAGUAUUUAUCCCCUACCCAAAAGCGGGCUGUGUUAUUCCCAGAGCAAGGCUGUUUGUGAUCGACGUGGAAAAUCCGUCUAGACAAACAGAAGUGGUGGUGCCGAAAUCCGUCGGCAUAGGCGAUCACUAUCUGAGAACGGUCACCUGGGUCACAGAUGAACGACUGGCUGUUCAGUGGCUUCCACGGCGACAGGACAGCGUCCUCCUGCAGAUCUAUGACUAUGAUGGCACUAAAUGGAAAGAAACCCUGAAAUUUGAUCAAAAGAGCAAAACUGGAUGGGUUGGACGGUACUUUCCUGCAGCUCCUUUCUUUGCUGCAAAUAACAUGAGUUUUUACAAAGUUAUAAGCAAUGACAACGGUUAUAAACAUCUCCACUAUGUAGAAGCCGGAAAAGCAACACCCAUAACCUCGGGCAAAUGGGAAGUGAUAUACAUCUCAAAAGUAACCAAAGAUUCCAUUUACUACGUGAGUAAUGAACACAUGGGAAGACCUGGACAGAGAAACCUUUACAAGAUUUCUAUAAGCAAGAGUGGACAUUCUGCCCCCGAGUGCCUGACCUGCUCGCUGUACCAGGACAGGUGUCAGUAUAACUCGGCUUACUUCAGCCUGAGCGCCUCUUUCUUCCGUAUGGACUGCUACGGACCAGGACUUCCGCUGUUUACACUGAUGGACAACAGAGGGCCUGCUAAAGAGAUUCAGGUCCUUGAGGACAAUAAGAAACUGGAAAAUAUUCUGACUACUGAGAUUCUGAUGCCAACCAUCAAGCGUGCCACGAUGAAGAUCGCAGGAUACAACCUCUGGUAUCAGAUGAUGUUUCCACCGGAUUUUGACUCCUCUAAAAAGUACCCUCUUUUCAUUCAAGUAUAUGGUGGUCCAGCCAGUCAGAACACAGACUAUGUGUUUCACCUGGAGUGGGCCACGUACCUGUGCAGCACAGAGAAGGUGAUCAUCGCCAGCUUCGACGGCAGGGGAAGCGGUUACCAGGGUGACGAGAUAAUGCACGCCAUCUACGGCCGGCUGGGAACGUACGAGGUGGAAGAUCAAAUCUCGGCCGUGAGAAAGUUCAUUGAAAUGGGUUUCAUUGACAAAGACAGAAUUGGCAUGUGGGGUUGGUCGUACGGCGGUUAUGUGACAUCCAUGGUCCUGGGAUCUGGAAGCGGACUGUUCAAAUGUGGAAUUGCCGUGGCUCCUGUUGCUAAGUGGGACUAUUAUGAUGCUGUGUACACUGAGAGAUACAUGCAUCGUCCUGAGGAAAACAUUGAAAGUUAUAAAAAUUCAACAGUGACCGACAGGGCUAAAAAUUUCAAAUCAGUGCAAUACAUGCUGGUACACGGCACUGCAGACGACAACGUCCACUUCCAGCAAGCUGCUCAAAUUUCCAAAGCCCUGGUGGAAAGUCAAGUUGAUUUUGAAGCAAUGUGGUACACAGAUAAGGAUCACGGACUGUCUGGUAAAGCGCGUUACCACCUCUACACACACUUGAACCAUUUCCUGCAGAACUGCUUCGCGGAGAAAAAAUAAGCGGACUUAUUGAUGCAUUACGAAGACACGUUCCUUUUACAUUGACACAAACACUGUUCAUGUUAGUUGGUAUUUUAGAACUUGUUGAUGGGAACAAACUCUUAUGACAGAGUCAAUGACAUUUAUUAUACGUUUUAUAUAUAUAUAUAUAUAUAUAUAUAUAUAUAUAUUUUUUUUUUUUUAUGUGAAAUUUGUACUAGCUGUUCUUUUUCUUAUCAAAUUGCUGUAAUGAUUAAUUCACAAAUGUGACCUGAUAUGAAUGUAGUUUGUAUCACAGACGUCCGACAUGUUUUAUAAUGUUACAUUUACAAAAUUGAUUGUGGAAUCCAUAGAGUUCUAUGCAGGUGUGUUUAUGCACUGACUUCAACGUUUGUUCUGAGCAUGUCUGUAUGAAAACUGAUCAACUCAAACAUGGUUUGAAUGCCUUGGUCUUUUGACUCAUUCUUUAUAUAUCCUGAAAAAUAUUUCUGUAUGCAAAACAAUUCUAUGUCUACAUUUCCAUUUUAUAUCAUACAUAUAAGUUUGGACACAUUGGACUGAAUUUUGAUACUUCUAUCUCUGUGUCUUGACUAUUUUAUUUUUACUUAUUUGUCUGGUAGUGUAUGAAUAUAACCGUAUAUUUUAUAGUAUAUGAACAGUGCCCCCUGCUGGUUGAACUAUUGAAUUGUAUUCCAAAGGAAAUUUGUCUUUUCUUUUUAACAGUCCCAAGAGGACAGAUAAAUGUCAUUAAAAUAAAAUGA